CGCUGACUCCAGGUCCAGAUCCAGCUAUCCGGGCUUUGGCUGCAUUGUACUCAACAGCCAUUUAGUCCCGCGGUGCUGUUUGUCUGUCUGCUGCUGUCUGUGCUUCUGUUAGUGGGAAUAUCGCCGAUGUGGGAACUCUGGGAAUAUCACACUGCUUCACGGAAUGCCUGGAACUAGCUGCCCCACCGGCCAGCGCGGAGAAGCGCCCGUUAAACGUCGCCGUUCGCCGCCGCUCUCCGCUUUUCUCCGGGAUGUGACCGUGUGAUGGCUGCGGUCCAGUGAGCUGGGAGCACGUUGACUGGUCCGCCUGUUUGCCCAGCAGCUUUCGGAGCUUGUCCUCAUCGUUUCACCGGGAUUUAUCGGAACCUAUGGAGUGUACAUGAAUACUGGUCGGACAGGGAUUCCAAUCGGGGAAUACAACCAGGAUACAACCAGCUGCCGAGCCGAGUCGCCUUGAGUUGUGCUCUGUAACAGAGCCUCAUGUCCGCAUGCUAACCGGCUGUCUGCAGAUGGUUCCCAUCUAUCAGGUGACCUGUGCAAUCCAAGAGGCGAUGCAGGGAGCCAGGUGGAGGCGUGGGGUCCGGCCCUGAGGAGGCGUCCUGCGGCUGGGAGGAGCGCGGCCCUCCUGCAGCCCUCCUGUGGCGCUCCGGGACGCUCCUACUAAGAUGUCCCUCAGCAGCGGCACUGCAGGCGGGAAAGGUGUGGACUCCAACGCGGUGGACACGUACGACAGCGGUGAUGAGUGGGAUAUCGGUGUUGGCAAUCUGAUCAUUGACCUGGACGCCGACUUAGAGAAGGACAAGCUAGAGAUGUCGAGCAGCAAGGAGGGAGGAGGCAUGGCAGCCCCUCCCAGCGCCGUGGCGGCUUUACCUGACAAUAUAAAGUUUGUUAGUCCUGCGUCCGCCACGGGGGGCAAAGAGAGCAAAUCCAAAUCCAAGCGCAGUAAAAACUCUAAGGAGAGCGUGAAGACACCGCUCUCAGACGGAUCUAAAAAGGAGGUUCAGGGCCGGGUCCCCGGGGACCUGCCGCCCCAGAACGCCAACUCUGCCCCGAGCAAGGGGACGGACAAGUCGAGUAAGCCCUCCCGCAUCCUCCCCGUGGUGAAAAAGGACAAGGACGGGAUGUCUGGGAAAAGCAAGAAGGAGAAAAUGGAGGUGGGAGCGGUGAACGCCGAGAAAGAGCCCUCGGUGCUGCCGUUAGGAGCGCCUCGAGGCGGACCCUUUGAGGGCCAACAGGCCCCCGAGCUCGCUUCAGCUGAGCAGCUCGGGAACACGGCGCUGGACUCAGCCGGGAUCAGCCAGGCAGAGCAGGAAGAGGGGGACGGGGGCGACUGUCGAAAUCUGAAGAAAGCGAUCGGUGGAGAAAAGAUGGAGUCUCCGGUCUCCACCCCAGCUCCUCCCCCUCUCCACCUCCUCGGCUCCGUCCCCAGCAGCGGCGACGUCUCGUCUCCGUGCGAGCAGAUCAUGGUCCGCACGCGCUCGAUCGCCGUGAACACCGUCGACGCGGCGCUGGCGACCGAGCCGGAGUGCCUGGGACCCUGUGAGCCUGGAACCAGCGUGAACCUGGAGGGCAUCGUGUGGCAGGAGACGGAGGACGGUAUGCUGGUUGUGAACGUCACCUGGAGGAACAAGACGUACGUUGGAACCCUGUUGGACUGCACGCGGCACGACUGGGCGCCGCCGAGGUUCUGCGAGUCUCCCACCAGCGACGUGGAGAUGCGCAGCGGCCGCGGUCGAGGUAAGAGGAUGCGUCCCAGCAGCAACACGCCGUUGAAUGACAACAGCAACUCGUCAGACAAUAAAGGCAGCGGCAGCAGCAAGACGCGCGGCGCUGCGGCCAACAGCAAAGGCCGGCGUGGGAGUCAGACGGCUGGCUGCACCGAAGACGCCAAAGCCAGCCCGUCCUCCGCUAAGAGGAAGACAAAGCCCGCCUCAGAUAUGGACCCCACCUCCAGCUCAGAGGACACCAAAGCGUCAAAGCGCAUGAGAACGAACUCGACCGGCGCCGGGACGCCUCUGCCUGGAAGCAAAGCCGAUUCCCUGCCGCUGCCACAGCUGGACCGGACCUGCCCCUCCCCCGUCCUCAUCGACUGCCCCCACCCCAACUGCAACAAGAAGUACAAGCAUAUCAACGGACUGAAGUACCACCAGGCCCGCGCCCACAACGACCAUGGCAUCCGCCUGGACCAGGACGGCGACAGCGAGUACGGGGACGACCCCGCCUUCCAUCCCGCCCGCUCCUGCAACGGCGCCGCGAUCUCGCCUGCUCGCUCUACUACACCGAAGGGUCGAGGCUUCGAUGCCCCCUCCCCCUCACCAGGCAAGCUGACAUCAAAGGUUAAAAAGAAGACGAGCGAGGCUGAGCCUGAGGUGACGGACGGCGGCGAGGAGGGGGCGUGUUUGACUGACGAGGCCAGUAAUGACGGCAUGGACGACAGGAAGGUCAAGAAAAUGAUGGCCGGGGGGAAAGCUGAGAAACCGGGACAGAAAGCCUUGAAGCUGACCCGCCCCGUGGGCGUGCCCGGAGUUCCCUCGUCGUACUCCCUGCAGGCAUCCUCCCCCGCUCUGGGCUCAGUGGUACAGUCCGUACCCAAAAGUCCCCAGCUGAAAAACGUCCAGCCUAAACCCCCGCCACUCACUGACCCCGCCUCCAGCCCCGCCCAUUCCAAGGACAAGAAAAAGAAAGACAAAAAGAAGAGGGACAGCGGAAAGGAAGAAGACAGCCCGAAGGCCAUGGGUAAGGCGGGGAGGCCGGAGGAGGGGAAGAGCCCGUACUCUGAGGCGUCAGACGCUUUGCUCAACGGCUCCUCAGAAGCUCAGCAGAGCCGGCUCGCCAGCAUCAAAGCCGAAGCCGACAAGGUGUACAGCUUCUCCGACAACGCACCCAGCCCGUCCAUCGGCGUGGCCAGCAGGAUGGAGGCCGGCCUGGCGCCCACGCUUCACAUGACCCAGAACGGAGCCGACAACACGUCGGUCAAGACCGGUAGCCCCGCCUACUCUGACAUCUCUGAUGCUGGGGAGGACGGCGAGGGUAAGGCAGAGGGGGUAAAGGUCAAGCCAGAGCCUGACCAGGGACCUCGUGAGGGUGCCAAGAAGGCGUUGUUUCCCCCUCAGGCGUCCAAUAAAGAUUCGCCGUACUACCCCAGCUAUGACGCCUACUACUCCCCCACCUACGCCAACCCCAGCCCGGGACCAGCGCCUGCAGCACCACCUCAUGGCGAGAUAGCACAAGUGAAAGUGAAGAAAGAGGAGGAGCUGGAGGUGGGAGAGGAGAGAAAGCUGAAGGAGGAGCCUCAGGAGGAGAGAAAGGUGGAGCCAGGGCCUCCGCAGCCAUCAGUCAUCCAGCAGCGCUCCAACAUGUACACCCAGCCGCUCUAUUACAACCAGUACUACGUCCCUCCCUACUCCUACUCCCACGAGCAGGCCUACCACGCCCACCUCUUGGCCUCUAACCCCGCCUACCGUCAACAGUACGAGGAGCAGCGACAGCGCCACGCUGACAAGAAGGCGGAGAGCAAAGAGCGCGAGGCUUCUGUGAAAGAAGAGUGGAAGCAGAAGGCAUCGGUACCGCCCACUCUGUCAAGGGCGCCCAGCCUCACGGAUCUGGGCGCCAGGGGAGGCGUGAACCCAGCGAAGUCCAAAGAGCCCGCCAUGGCUUCGGAACAGGCCAAGUCGGUCAUCAUGGUGAAGGGAGAGGACUCCAAGGCGCCCGCCACCCAGUCCGAGGGUUUGAAGAUCAAGCUGAGUGAAGGAGGGCAUCACGGGAAAGAAGAGCCAAAGUCAGGGGUGGAGUCGGGCCGAGCGGCGAGCAUCGAAGCCGCCAUGUGGUACAGACCGGUAAAGGAGCCCGACUCGCGUCUGUGGUCCUACGUCUACCCCAGCAAAUACUCGGAGGCUCCGAAACCGCAGGAGGACGACAGGUGGAAGGAGGAGCGGGACAGGAAGGUGAAGGAAGAGAGGCCGCAGCCCAAGGAGAGUGUGCAGAAAGACGAGGCAGCGAAGGAAGUGGCGGAGGGCAGGACACAGCUGCCCCCCGAGGAGCUCCGGGGCGGGAAGGAGGCGCGCCCGCCUCACAUGCAAUUCCCCUCGCCGCUGGCCCAGCAUCAGGGCUACGUGCCCUACAUGCACGGACCGUACGCCUACAGCCAGGGCUACGAGCCGAGCCACCCCGGGUACAGAGGCAUGCCCUCGGUCAUGAUGCAGAAUUACACAGGCUCGUACCUGCCAGCCAGUUACUACGCCUCCUCAUACGGCGGGAAGGUGGGGGUGGGCGAGGACGGCGAGAAGCCCUCCAGGUCAAGUCCAUCUGUGAAGCCGUCCAGCGAGGCCAAAGCUCUGGACCUGCUGCAGCUGCACGCCAGCCAGUACAAAAGCAAGUCGCCGUCCAUCCAGGACAGCAAGACGCCACAUGACCGAGAGCGGGAGAGAGAAAGGGAGGGCGACCGGCCACGCUCCUCGCCAUCGCAGCGCAUCAUGCAGUCCCAUCACCACCUGGGAUACCCUCUGUACGACCUGUCCUACCCCUCAGGCCUCUCGUCCUCCGCCAUCGUCGCCAGUCAGCAAGCGUCCGCCCCGUCCAUGUACCCGCCCGCACGGAGGUGAGAACGGCACACCUGAUUGGCCAGCCUCUACGCCUCUCCAAGUCAUGUGACUGGAUCACGUGAAGAAGCGUUUCUGUUUCCGUGACAUCAGUUCAGCGAUGUUCUGUGUAUGUUUGGUACCUCUGCCUGGACGUCCAGCCAACUGCUCCGACCCUCGCUGGACCAGAGACUGGUCCCUUUGGGUUUUGCUGGUUCUGGGCGGUCCUGUUGGCCAACAGGUGCUGCUGGGAUGCAGAGCUCACAGUGACGUACCUGCAGGGAUGACUGGGUGACCUCUGACCUCUUUCAGAAGGACAGGCUCAGCUCCGGAUGACAUCACACAGUUACCUGGAUGCGUCUCAGCUUCACGUGAAAUAAAGAGAACACUGGAUGAAGGAGGGCCGGCCAAUCAGAGGGCAGUAUUCAGACUGCUUCCUUGUACUGACUGAGUGACAGGCUCCUCCUCCUCAGUGUGUAGCUGUAAACGUGCUCUGUGCGUGCGUGCGUGUGUGCGUGUGUGUGUGUGUGUGUGUGUGUGUAAAUACUGUACAGAGGAAUUAUUUUAAAGAGCCUGUUGGAUGAUGUUGGAUUUCCUACUCUUCUUUUUGUCUGGUAGUCUCUGCCUCUGUUUUUCUACUGUUGUUGAUCUGAUAUUAAACCUGUAGCUGGUGGAGCAGCGCUCGAG